AUGGCUACGACGCGCUCCUCAACCCCGGCUCCGGGCGCCCGCGAUUCAAGGCGACGACGCCAGUCAUUGCCUCUCCUGCGUUCGUCCACUCCUUGCGACAUUGAGCGGGUUGCUCCCUUCGCAUUUGCCUCGCCGCCCAUGGUGGAGCCCGAACGUGAACGAGGUCUCGCCGCGCGCGCCUUUGCUGCCAUCCUCUCGCCGUUCCGCCGCCGCCCAACUGAAGACUUCAAGACGUCACACAUUGCCCGCUCAACCCCCGCCCUCCCGCACCGCCGGGACGACGGGGGCGACGGGGGCGACAGGGACAACAACCCGCUCAGCACUUGGCAUUCAUGGGGUAGCGAACUCAGUAUUGCAUCCAAGUUGGCCGACCAGACGCUGUAUCUUUCGCCCAGUAGUGCCGGCCAGCGUCGCAUCCGCCGCUCCCUCUCAGGGACAUUGGUGAAACGGUCGCGCACGCCCUCAGUAAUCUACCCCCAAGUCGCCUUUGACACUAUGCUUGGCAAGCGGGCCCUGCAUGCUUCACCAUCACAGGCAUCGCUAUCCACUGCCCCACCCCAGAUAUCCCUCGACUUUGACUGGGGUCCGAGCGCAUCCGACCUCCCUUCUGACGCGCUUUGCGCAACCCUCGAAGACUCAGAGAACCCAGCUCCGCCAUCAACCUACAGUGCCACCCGCUCACGCGGCAUGUCGACGUCUACCUCCGGUACAUCGGUUGCUACGCCAACCAAGAGUAAACCGAAACUUCGCCGGCUUGGUUCGAGGCGCUUUUCGCGUUCGGCCAAGUCCCUGCCCGUUCCACCUACACCUCUUCCCCGCAUCGAGCUCGAACUCAUCGAUGACGGGUUCUGCGUCAACUUUGCUGUCGUCGAGGAGGAAAGUGCCGAGCCCAAGAUCCCUGGGGCAUGGACCUAA